AUGGGGCAGACUGUUACCACCCCCUUAAGUCUAACUUUAGAUCACUGGAAAGACGUCCAGCGCAUUGCCUCCAACCAGUCCGUGGAAGUCAAGAAGAGACCUUGGACCACCUUCUGUACCUCCGAGUGGCCAACCUUUGGUGUAAAUUGGCCCCCGGAUGGGACCUUUGAUCGAAAUAUUAUUUCACCGGUCAAGUCCAGAGUGAUGUCGCCCGGUCCUCACGGGCACCCGGACCAGGUCGCCUACAUCGUAACCUGGGAGGCGAUUGCUUAUCGGCCUCCCCCGUGGGCCAAACCUUUUGUCUCUCCCAAACCUCCUUUACCCACCGCUCCUACCCCUCCCAGUCCUCCUCCGUUUCCUCCCCAUUCUGCCCUCUACCCGACUGUUGUACCCGCUACUAAGCCCAAGCACCCUGGUACCCCUCAGGUUUUGUCCUCGGAUGAGGGGCCUCUUAUUGAUCUCCUCUCAGAGGACCCACCACCAUAUGGACACCAGGGCCAGCCUGCUCCGGUGGGAACUGGGGCAGAGGCAGCGACCCCCACCACUGAGGGCGUUGCCCCCUCUCCUAUGGCGUCUCGCCUACGGGGGAGAAGGGAGCCUCCGGUGGCCGAUUCCACAACCUCUCAGGCUUUCCCUCUCCGGGCGGGGGGAAACGGCCAACUUCAAUACUGGCCGUUCUCCUCCUCAGACUUGUAUAACUGGAAAAAUAACAACCCCUCUUUCUCUGAUGACCCAGGCAGGCUGACGGCCUUGAUAGAGUCCGUCCUCAUAACCCAUCAACCCACAUGGGACGACUGUCAGCAACUGCUCCGGACCCUGCUGACGGGGGAAGAGAUGCAGAGGGUCCUGCUGGAAGCCCGAAAGGCAGUACGGGGCGAGGACGGGCGUCCCACCCAACUGCCAAACGAGCUCAAUGAUGCUUUCCCCCUUGAGCAUCCUGACUGGGAUUUUACAACGGCUGCAGGUCGGAACCACCUAGUCCUCUAUCGCCAGUUGCUCAUAGCGGGUCUCCAGAGUGCGGGCAGAAGUCCCACUAAUUUGGCUAAGGUAAAAGGUAUUACUCAGGGACCCAGCGAGUCUCCCUCAGCCUUCUUGGAGAGACUCAAAGAAGCCUUUCGCAGGUACACUCCUUAUGAUCCAGAAGACCCAGGGCAGGAAACCAAUGUGUCUAUGUCAUUUAUUUGGCAGUCUGCCCCGGACAUUAGCCGGAAGUUAGAAAGGCUGGAGGAUUUGAAGAGUAAGACGCUAGGAGAUUUGCUGAAAGAGGCAGAAAAGAUUUUUAACAAGCGAGAGACUCCAGAAGAAAGAGAGGAACGUAUAAGGAAGGAGACAGAAGAGAGAGAGGAUCGCCGUAGGACAGAGACUGAGCAGAGAGAGAGAGAGAGAGACCGUAGGAGACAGCGGGAAAUGAGUAGACUAUUGGCCACUGUAACCUCUAGCCAGAGGCAGGAUAGACAGGGGGGAGAACGAAGGAGGCCCCAACUGGAAAAAGAUCAAUGUGCCUACUGCAAGGAAAAAGGCCAUUGGGCUAGAGAUUGCCCAAAGAAGCCGCGGGGUCCUCGGGGGCAGCGCCAUCAGACUUCCCUCCUCACCCUAGAUGAUUAGGGGGGUCAGGGCCAGGAGCCCCCCCCUGAGCCCAGGAUAACCCUCAAUGUCGGGGGGCAGCCAGUCACCUUCCUAGUAGACACAGGGGCUCAACACUCCGUUCUGACCCAUAAUCCGGGCCCCUUGAGUGACCGAUCGGCAUGGGUUCAAGGAGCCACCGGGGGAAGACGGUACCGAUGGACUACGGACCGGAAAGUGCACCUGGCUACCGGUAAGGUUACCCACUCCUUCCUCCAUGUGCCAGACUGCCCGUAUCCCCUCCUGGGAAGAGACUUGUUAACCAAGUUGAAGGCCCAGAUCCACUUUGAAAACUCAGGGGCCCGUGUAGCAGGACCGUCUGGACAGCCCCUUCAAGUCCUGACUCUGGACAUCGAGAAUGAGUACCGAUUACAUGACCCCCCUAGCGGCUCAGCGCCGUCCCUCGAGGCCACCUGGCUAACAGACUUUCCCCAGGCCUGGGCAGAGACUGGGGGCAUGGGACUAGCAGUUCGCCAAGUCCCAAUAGUCAUAUCUCUAAAGGCAACUUCCACACCUGUGUCAAUCAAGCAGUACCCCAUGUCGCAAGAGGCCAGGCAGGGCAUAAGACCUCACAUACAGAGAUUACUCGACCAAGGGAUCCUGGUGGCCUGCCAGUCCCCAUGGAACACGCCUCUGCUACCUGUUAAAAAGCCUGGUACCACUGACUACAGGCCUGUCCAGGACCUGCGGGAGGUUAACAAGAGGGUGGAAGACAUUCACCCCACUGUGCCUAACCCCUAUAAUCUUCUGAGUGGGCUUCCGCCAUCCCAUCAAUGGUACACGGUUCUUGACUUAAAAGAUGCCUUCUUUUGCUUAAGACUCCACCCAACCAGUCAACCUUUGUUUGCCUUCGAAUGGAGAGAUCCCGAGCUGGGAAUCUCAGGACAGUUAACCUGGACCCGACUCCCUCAAGGGUUCAAAAACAGCCCCACCCUGUUUGAUGAAGCCCUACACCGAGACUUGGCAGAGUUCCGGAUCCAGCACCCAGGUUUGAUCCUGCUGCAAUAUGUAGAUGAUAUACUGCUGGCUGCCGCCUCUGAAACUGAGUGCCAGCAAGGUACCCGGGCCCUGUUACAGGCACUGGGGGAACUUGGGUAUCGGGCUUCAGCUAAAAAGGCUCAAAUCUGCCAAAGGCAGGUCAAAUAUCUAGGGUAUCUCAUAAAAGAAGGCCAAAGGUGGCUGACUUCAGCCCGAAAAGAGACAGUGAUGGGGCUGCCUAUCCCUAAGACAUCAAGACAACUGAGAGAGUUCUUAGGGACGGCCGGGUUCUGCCGCCUGUGGAUCCCGGGGUUCGCUGAAAUGGCGGCCCCACUAUACCCCCUCACUAAAAAUGGGGCUCAGUUCGAGUGGGGCCCGGAUCAGCAACGGGCUUAUCAGGAGAUCAAAAACGCCCUCCUGACUGCCCCAGCUCUGGGACUACCGGAUUUGACUAAACCCUUUGACCUGUAUGUAGAUGAGAAGCAGGGAUACGCCAAAGGCGUUUUGACCCAAAAGAUAGGCCCAUGGCGUCGCCCAGUCGCCUACCUAUCCAAAAAGUUGGACCCUGUGGCGGCAGGAUGGCCCCCUUGCCUGCGCAUGGUGGCCGCCAUCGCAGUCUUGACUAAAGAUGCAGGCAAACUAACCAUGGGACAACCACUGACCAUCCUGGCCCCCCACGCGGUCGAGGCACUGGUCAAACAGCCUCCAGACCGCUGGCUAUCCAAUGCCCGCAUGACCCAUUAUCAGGCCAUGCUACUGGACACAGACCGAGUUCAGUUUGGGCCCGUGGUAACCCUCAACCCGGCUACGCUGCUUCCCCUCCCGGAGGGAGGAGGCGCUCCCCACGACUGCCUCGAGAUCCUGGCCGAGACACAUGGGACCCGGCAAGACCUAACGGAUCAGCCCCUCCCGGACGCCGAUUACAUCUGGUUCACUGACGGGAGCAGCUUUAUAGUGGAAGGUCAGCGGAGGGCUGGAGCUGCGGUUACCUCCGAAACUGAGGUAAUUUGGGCAGAAGCUUUGCCCGCCGGAACCUCUGCUCAACGCGCCGAACUGAUCGCGUUGACCCAGGCCUUGAAGAUGGCAGAAGGUAAGAAGCUUAACGUUUAUACUGAUAGCCGUUAUGCUUUCGCUACUGCCCAUAUUCAUGGAGAAAUAUAUCGGAGGCGAGGGUUGCUGACUUCAGAGGGCAAAGAAAUCAAAAACAAAAGUGAGAUCCUGGCCCUACUGGGCGCCCUUUUCUUGCCCAAGAAACUUAGCAUCAUCCACUGCCCCGGACAUCAGAAGGGAAACAGCCCUGAGGCUAAGGGGAACCGACUGGCAGACCAGACAGCUCGGAAUGUAGCCCUUGCAAUGGAGACUAAGGAUUCCGAGCUUCUCCUCGAGGCUACGGCACCACCAGCCCCGGUCCCUGAACCAUAUCAACCCUAUACUGAAUCUGAUAAAAGGCAACUAGAAAAACUUGGGGCAGUUUAUGAUAAAGUGAAACAAUGUUGGACUGUUCAAGGAAAACCUGUUCUGCCCCACCAGCAUACCUUUGAACUCAUAGAUUUCCUCCACCGGCUCACCCACCUCAGCCCGCGAAAGAUGAAGGCGCUAUUAGACAGGGAAGAAAGUCCCUACUACCUGUUAGACAGAGAUGAGAUCCUCAACCACGUGGCGGACUUUUGCACUGCCUGCAAACAAGUAAAUGCCAGUAAAGCUAAAAUCGGGACAAGGGUGCGUGUAAGGGGACACCGCCCUGGGACUCACUGGGAAAUUGACUUUACGGAAGUCAAACCUGGACUGUAUGGGUACAAAUAUCUCCUUGUGAUGGUGGACACCUUCUCAGGAUGGGUUGAGGCUUUCCCCACCAAAAAUGAAACUGCCAAAAUAGUAGCUAAAAGGCUACUAGAAGACAUCUUCCCCAGGUAUGGAAUGCCCCAAGUCAUUGGGAGCGACAAUGGACCUGCCUUCGUCUCCCAGGCUCUCCAGGCUGUUCAGCAAGAAAUUUGGAAACCAUUAGCCGCUGCCUACCAGGACCAGCUGAACCAGCCGGGGACGCCACAUCCCUUCCGGGUUGGAGACACUGUGUGGGUGCGCCGGCACCAGGCCAAAAACUUGGAACCACGCUGGAAGGGACCCUACACCGUGCUGCUCACCACCCCCACCGCUCUCAAAGUGGAUGGCAUCGCCGCAUGGAUACAUGCCGCUCAUGUAAAAUCAGCAGAUCCUCGACCUGGAAGACGGACCAGCCCGGAACCAACAUGGAGGGUUCAUCGCUCACAAAACCCUCUAAAGAUAAGGCUUACCCGUGGGGCCCCCUAAUGCUACUUGGAUUACUACUGCUAGAGGGGACAGAUGCGACUGAUCGCUCUCCCCACC